AUGUCAUCGCACGAAGACUCCACGAGGGCGGUGAACGGCUCGCCGCCGCACACAGUGUCCGCUGGGCGUCGCAGUCAACUCGGUCAUCGCCCCCCAAAACUUUCGUCGGGCUCGCUGAGCGGAGGGGCGAGGAACGCGAACAACCCCGCGGUCGUUGUCUCGCUGGACAACUUUGAGCGUGCGCCGAGAGUGAGGGGCGUGCUGAACAGCCCCCGCAGUCUGAAGGCCUGCAGCAUGGAGGAGGUGGCUCCGGCCGAGCUGCUGCCGCGCAGCGUGGCGGAAUUCAUGUGCCUGAGCGUGCCGCACGAUCUCGCACAGCUGCGGCACGCCUUCUUCGAAAGCCGGCGAAAUGAACUGCUCGAACGCGUCCGCCGCACCCGCGAGAGGUUGUUGGCGGAAGAAAAGAGUGCAGGCACGCCGGAAAUCACGGCCACAGAGCAGGCAAAAUCCAAGGAAAUGGCCCAAGAAGCUGCGGCAGCGGCAAAGCAACCAGCGGACGGCGUCAACGACACCCACCAUGCCUCAAUGUGUAUGUCGAACCACCACGGACGCACCUCGCGCAGUAGCAGCACUCCCUGGAGGCACGGCUUCAGCCUCUCGAGGCACUCCUUUUCUCCCUUCGCAAGGUCCACUGCGCACAGGCCUGAGAGUCGCUCCACGUCCGUGGGGGCCAUGAUGAUUUACAGCCGCGCCCUCAGUGAGCAUCGCCCGCCGACGGAGAGAGAACUGGUCAUGCUUGAGAGGAUUGAUGAGCGUGAGCAGCGCACCGCGGAGGCCAGACAGCGUGUGGAGCUGGAAGAGCAGCAUCGGGAGCAUGAGCUCAUUCUCCAGCAGCUGAAGAAGUUGAAGCAGACCAUGAAUAACAUUGUGGAGAAGGAGAACAAGCGAAACGCCCUCAUCAACGCGCGGCGAAUAAAGCGGGAAGAGCAGAUGCUAAGGGCCCGUGAGCGGCAGAGACGCGAGGAUGAGGCACGACGAUUCCAAAGAGAAACGCGCGGAAGCCGUACGAGCACGUUGCCGGCAAAUGAUGUGUCCCGAACCUCGCUGCUGGGAGGUCCCCGUAAGGGGCGGCGAAGUUCAAGUACUUUUAAAGCCUCCCCCUGGCUUAUACUCUAG